GGAUUGUCGAGUUGGGACUAUGUGGAGGGGUCGUUUUAGUUCGUUCUGAUUGUGAGGUCCUAUAUAUAGUGUUCAGAUUCCAUGAAGACUUUUAAGCACAUACAACAUUCUUCUCGUCAAGCAAUCACAAAUUUACAUCCGCAACCAUGUCUUCAAUCUUCAGCACACUAGCAAAAGAUCUUGAGGGAAAAGUCUUUCAACCUGGUAGUGAUGUUUACAAGGAUUCUCUAGCAUCUUAUUUUACUCUUCAAGAAGCGCAAUUAAAACCAUCUUUCGUCAUCACUCCUACGUCUACUCAAGAUGUAGCUCAGGCUCUAAAAUCCCUGAGAGCAUUAAACUCCCAGACAGAAAUUCAAACUAAAGUGGCGAUUAGAGGAGGUGGCCACAGUCCAUUUGCAGGCAGUGCGAAUAUCAACAACGGUAUUACGAUUGACCUGCGCAAAAUCGAUAGCGUUGAAGUGAAUGAAAGUGAAAACGUUGUUUCAGUUGGAGGAGGUGCUAUCUGGGGAACUGUAUAUGAUAAGCUUGAUGCGAUGGGUCUUUCAGUGGUGGGGGGUCACGUUUAUGAUGUUGGGGUUGGAGGGUUUACUUUAGGGGGAGGAUUCUCUUCUUUUUCCCCAAGAUAUGGCAUGUGCUGCGAUAUGAUUGAUAAUUUCGAGGUAGUCCUGGCAGAUGGUCAAAUCGUACAUGCCAAUGCGAAUGCAAAUGCAGAUCUCUGGACUGCCCUCAAAGGAGGAAGUAACAAUUUUGGAAUCGUCACCCGCUUCGAUAUGAGAACUUUCCCACAGGGAAAACAAUGGGCUGGUCUCAUCGUAUAUCCAAUCUCUACAUUGGAUGAGAACUUCAAAGCUCUGGAAAGUAUGCCAGAUAACUGGGACCCAUAUGCUUCGAUGAAACUGAGCAUUACAUUUUCACCCCAGACAAAAUUCACAAUCGCGUCGAAUUUUGAAUACACAAAGGAAGAUAGCGCACCUGCUGUAUUCAAACCUUUCAUGGAUAUCAAGCCACAAUACCGAAACACGAUGAAGAUUUCGACGCCCGGAGAAACCGCUAGAGAGAUCCAAAAAAUGCAAAAGAAUGGAGUGCAUCAGAUUUUCGCCACUACAUCUUUUCGAUUUUCCGCUGCUCAUUUACAGAGCGUAUUUACACUCUUCAAGAACACAGUUGUAUCUGUAGAAGAUAUCAAAGGAAUGCGUUGGACGCUGACAUACUGGCGUCUUCAUGAUUCGAUUACCGCGAAAUCAGCAGCGGCAGGAGGAAACUCUACCGGUCUUGACACUUCACAGGGUUCUUUGGUUAUAUGUGUAUUAACCUAUUCGUGGGAUGAUGCAUCGGAUGAUACGCGUAUGGAUGAGAUGGCGAAGAAUUUUAUAGAGGAAGUGGAUGAGUUGAGUAAGAAUGCGGGGUUGUUCAAUUGCUAUAAAUAUGUUAAUUAUUCGGCGGGAUAUCAGAAUCCGAUUGGUGGGUAUGGAGAUGAGAUAAGGAGAAGCUUGCAGAAGGUAAGUAAGAAGUAUGAUCCUGAGGGGUUUUUUCAAAUUGGUGUUCCGGGUGGUUUUAAGAUCUGUGUUGAAGAGAAUAAAUAGAGCUUAGAGAUGAUUUAAGGAAAGAAGUUUCUCUCAACUCUUUGAUUUGCUUGUUGAAAUUGAAUCCUCUUCUGAGUUUCAUUAACUGUAGUCUUUGUAGCGAUUCUACUGCAUUUUUAUGCCCUCAGCCUCGGCUAAAUUAUUAUACGAUCUUCCUA